UAUUUUGUAACAAAAAGUUUUUAUCAUGUUUCGUUGUCACAAAUAAAUUUAAUUUUAGUUAUUUUUGUGUGAUUUGCAGUAAAAUGUGUGAAUGCAAGUGUAGAUUGUGUUUAAAGGUAUCAUCUAAUAUUGUGGAAGAAUUGUGGGAAGGAUGUAAAAUUUUGGAACAAUUGUUUACCUGUCUGGGGCACCAUGUAGUAAUAAACAAAGAUUUACCUAACAAAAUAUGCAAUAAUUGUGUCAUCAAAAUAGAAGAUAUAUACAAAUAUCAACAAUUUAUCAGACAAAAUGAAAUAAAAUUACAACAAGAAUUAAACAAUAUUAUAAUUCAUAGUGAAAUUGUUAAUAUCAAUGAAGUAAAAAUAGAAGAUCAAAUAUUCAAUGAAGAAAAAUCUAUAGAUCAAGAGAAAAAUGUUAAAAUUAAAUCAGAAAUUACAGAAAAAAAUGUAAACAAUAUAACAGAAUUACGUGGAGAAGUAAUUCAGAAAAAUGAUGUUGAAUUAUAUUCAGUCAAACAAGAAAUUGAAAACAAAAUUGUUUAUAGUAAUGAAGACAAAGAUAUUAAUAAAGAAAUAUCAAAUGCAAUUAAACUAGACGAAACAAAGAGAUUUUCAUGUUUAACAUGCUUUGAAGUAUUCCCAAAUCAAUUGGAACUCUUAAGGCACUACCAGAAUGUUGAAUUAGAAAAAUAUAACAAGAAUAAUACCGAUGUUGAAAGUAAACCUGUAAAGUACAACGUGUUCACAGACGAUAAUGGUUUAUAUUACAAAUGUGAGAGGUGUUACAAAAAGUACCGACAGAAAUCAUACAUAAACAGACAUGUAUUGAGUCACAUAGAAAGAAGACCAUUCCUCUGCAAGCUGUGCGGUAAAACUUAUCAAACAGCAUCAAUAAUAGUUUCCCAUGGGAAAAUACACACAGGAGAUAUAUAUGCAUGUACAUACAACUGUGGCUACCGAUCUGUACACAAACAUGUUGUCAAAAAUCAUGAGAAAAGACACAAAGGAGAAUUUAAGUAUAAAUGCCAGACAUGCGGCAAAGGAUUCCAAGUGAGGUCAUGGUACCUACAGCAUCAGAACAUUCAUGAUGGAGUCAAGCCAUUCAAAUGCGAUAUCUGCGGCAUGAGUUUUCAUCUGCAUCGAUAUCUAACUACACAUCGAAGCAAUGUACACCCGCAGUCGUCCGUUCGCAAGCCGUGGGUUUGCAAGCAAUGUGAAUAUCCCUGUGACUCCAAAAAUAGUUUAAAUUUGCAUUUAAAGGAUAAACAUGGCCUAGUUAUAAAGAAAUCAAACUUGUGUGAUGUUUGUGGUAAAGUCUUGAAGGAUUCCCAACAGUUGAAAGUGCACAAGAGAGCCGUACACUUGAACAUAAAGCCGUAUGUCUGUGGUACAUGUAACAAGUCGUUCCCCAAAAAAUAUACUCUCAAGAACCACGAACAGACACACAAAGGAAAGACGUUUUUAUGUUCCAUGUGUGACAAGAUGUUCGCUAAAGACGCCAGUCUACAGAAACACGUACAAAGGUGUCAUAUAACAAGCAAGUACAGGUGUCACGAAUGUGACAAAUCAUUUUCAUCAAAGAUGACAUUGACAGUUCACGUGAAGAAUUGCAACCGGAAGUGAGAAGGCUCCUCAACAUCGAAUAAAAUAUAUAUUAUUAAA